AUGCAGGCUUACUAUGAACGGCACCUAAAUUCGCAAGGCCCUUCCGAUUUAACACUACAACUUACCUUUGUCAUUACUAUUUGUAAUAUCCUGAUCAAUUUGAUGGCUCCAUUGGGGCAAAUACUGGUCAAUAGAUUCAAAACAAGAUUAACAUUAUUCAUAUCAGUCAUCAUCUGUUCAGCAGGCCUAGUACUUGCAGGCUUUAGUACAAAAGUUUUGCAUUUGUAUUUAACGCAGGGCGUCGUAUACGGUAUAGGUUGCUCUAUUAUGUUCUAUAUUGCAUUGACAGUAGUCCCUAAAUGGUUUUCAGAACGAAAAGGUCUUGCUUUAGGUGUUUUAUCCAGCGGUAUCAGUAUCGGUGGCCUAGCUAUGCCUUUGAUAAUGGAGCCGUUGAAUUCUCGAUUAGGGGCGGCCUGGUGCUUUAGAAUUCUUGGGUUUAUUUGUUUUGGUUUGGGAAUGAUUUCCUGCCUACUCUUGAGCGAGAAAAAUGUAGUAAAAACCAACGAUGAUGAGAAGAAGCAUGGUGAAAAUGAUGUUGAAAAAUUCAGUUUCAAGAAAAUCUUCAACUUCGGUUCUGUAUUGAAAAAUCCUCGCUUUUUACUAUGGGUAGCAUCUGAAAUAUUUAUGGAGACAGCCUUCAAUGUUCCGAUUGUAUUUAUACCUUCUUAUGCAACCUACAUAGGAUUAACUUCAUCUGAAGGUGCCGUAAUAUUAUCAGUUUGUUCUGGUAUGAAUGCUGUCGGAAGAUUAUGUGCCGGAUUUGCAGCAGAUUUCCUUGGACAUGUAAAUGUAAUUUUGAUCUAUACGGUUAUUGCUGGCUUGUCGUCUCUUCUGGUGUGGAUGUAUGCUACUUCUUUUGGCAUGUUGAUGGCCUUUGCUGUUAUCUUUGGCUUUUUUGGAGGUGCCUUUAUUACUCUCACACCAACCAUCACACUAUUAGUAACUGGAAGUGAAGGAUUUGAAUGUGGUGUAUCUGCAUUCUUAGUCCUCUCGACGGUAGCACAAUUUGGACCUAACCUAGCAAGCGCAGUAGAGCUUACUGUGCACGAUACAAAGCCAUUCGACACCUAUAAAUACUUCACUGGUGUAAGCUACUUACUUGGGGCAUCUCUCUUAUUAAUCUUCAAAUUCAGUUUGAACCGAAAUCCACUCACUAAGAUUUGA